UAGGUACUUCAACACACAGCUGACCGUCAUGGCGUCGUCCUCUCGUCUCAUAUCCAGGCUGACAUUAGUGACGGGGGGUGGCAGUGGCAUCGGCAGGGCAGUGUGUCAGAGAUUUGCCACUGAAGGUGCUUCUGUGAUAGUGGCUGACCGCAAUGAAGAAUCAGCCAAUCAGACCUUGGAACUCCUGUCACGUGACCACAAAGGUCAGGAUCACAUGGCUCUUGGGGUGGACGUGUCCUCAAAGGACAGUGUCGAGAACCUAGUGACAAGUAUUCAGUGCCGCUACUUCCAGCCGGCCUCUGUGUGUGUGAAUGCAGCCGGGAUCACUCAAGAUGAGUUCCUUCUCAAGAUGGAAGAGGAUGAUUUUGACAAAGUCAUUGAUGUCAAUCUCAAGGGUACUUUUCUUCUGACUCAGGCCGUCUCUAAGGCUUUAGUUUCUGCCGGGUCUGCGAAGGGCUCCAUCAUCACUGUGGGCAGUAUAGUGGGCAAGGUUGGGAAUGUUGGCCAGGUGAACUACUCCGCUUCUAAAGCUGGAGUUGAGGGACUCACUCGAACCGCAGCCAAAGAGCUCAGCAAAUUUGGUAUUCGCUGCAACUGUGUCCUGCCAGGGUUCAUCACUACACCCAUGACAGAUAAAGUACCAGAGAAAGUCAUCCAUAAACUCACAUCUAUCAUCCCAAUGGGAAGGAUGGGAGAGCCUGCUGAAGUCGCUGACGCGUGUGCCUUUCUGGCUUCUGAUGACAGUCGAUAUAUUACUGGAGUCAGCAUUGAAGUUGCUGGUGGACUCUUCAUUGGCUGAAAACAAUGUUAAAAGUCUCUAAAUUGUUCACCAACACAGUGCCUUUUUCUAUGAGAAACUGUCCUUGUAUAAAUUUGAUGUAAUUGCUGUAAAAAUAUUGUGUACAAUGCAACAAAUGAAAAUUCUAUAUUUAUACAAUUAAAGUGUGAAAAUUAA